AUGGGAAAGCCAAAGUACCUCAAAAAGAAACAGGCCGCCGCCGCCGCAGGCUCCGAGGACGGCGCGGACAAGGAUGUGGGCGACAACACUGAGAGCACAAACGGUUCACCGACGACGACGAACACGCUUGCCAAGAAGUCGGAAGCCGACAAGGAGGAGCCGCACAGCUCUGGCGCCAUGGUGUCCUUUGCUAACCCCGUCUACCGCCAAGGCGUGAACGACAUUCUCGUCGAGAAGCUUGACAUCAGCUAUCAGGGCAACGCCAUCCUGGAGAACGCGACGCUCAACCUCGUGAGCGGGCACCGCUACGGCCUCGUGGGCCCGAACGGGUGCGGCAAAUCGACGUUGCUGCGCGUGCUGGGCUGCCAUGAAAUUCCCUUCCCGUCGCACGUGGACCGCUACUACGUUUCCCAAGAGGUGGAGGCCUCCGACAUGUCCGCGCUAGACGCCGUGCUUGCCGUUGACAAGGAGCGCGAGAAACUCGAGUCGGAGAUGGAGGAUCUGGCGCUUGGGGACCAGGAAGACCCGCACGUGCUGAGCCGUCUGGAUGACAUCUACAAGCGUCUCGACGAGCUCGAAGUCGACACGGCGGCCGCGCGCGCUGGCAAGAUUUUGUUCGGUCUCGGCUUUACCAAGGAGAUGCAGCGCCGCCCAACGAAGGCGUUCUCCGGCGGUUGGCGUAUGCGCAUUUCGCUGGCGCAGGCGCUGUUCAUUAACCCCACCGUGCUACUGCUGGAUGAGCCGACGAACCACCUAGAUAUCGAGGCCGUUGUGUGGCUCGAGAACUACCUCAGCAAGUUCAAGAAGACGCUCUUCAUGGUGUCGCACUCGCAAGACUUCAUGAACAACGUCUGCACGGACAUCUGCCACAUGCACCUGAAGAAGCUUAGCUUCUACGACGGCAACUACGACCAGUAUUGCAUCACCCGGGAAGAGAAGGAGAGCAACCAGAUGAAGAAGUACCAGUGGGAGCAGAACCAGAUCAAGAACAUGAAGGAGUACAUUGCUCGCUUCGGUCACGGUAGUGCUAAGCUCGCCCGACAGGCGCAGUCCAAGGAGAAGACGCUGGCGAAGAUGACCCGCGGCGGUCUCACGGACGCGGUCGUCAAGGACAGCCGCAUCAACUUCGAGUUCCCGUGCGCCGGCCCGCUGCCACCGCCGAUGCUGCAGUUCCGAGAGGUCUCCUUCAACUACCCGGGACGCCCCUCCCUCUUCACGAACCUCGAUCUCGGCGUCAACAUGGACUCCCGCAUAUGUCUCGUCGGCCCCAACGGUGCUGGCAAGACGACUCUGACGAAGCUCAUGUGCCGCGAGCUGGAGCCGACAGCCGGGUACGUAGCGAAGAACGCGCACUGUGUCAUGGCCCGCUUCCAUCAGCACUUUGUGGACCAAAUCAACAUGGAUCUGACGCCGCUGGAGUGGAUGUCGCAGGAGUACCCGGAGGUGACGCAGCCGCCGAUCCUGCGCAGUGCCCUGGGCCGCUUCGGCGUGUCGGGCAAAGCGCAGAUGACACCGAUGAAAACGCUCUCGGACGGUCAGAAGUCGCGUGUGGUAUUCGCGUGGAUGGCGUACAGGCGCCCGCACUUUAUGAUUCUCGAUGAGCCGACGAACCACCUGGACAUCGAGUCCAUCGACGCCCUCGCCGACGCCAUCAACAGCUUCGAGGGUGCCGUCGUGGUCGUCUCGCACGACCUGCGGCUCCUGGCGCAGAUUGCCGAUGAAAUCUGGAUCGUUGAGAAGGGCGAAGCGAAACGCUUUAAUGGUGACAUUGCGGACUACAAGGAGCACGUGCAGAAUGAGGUGAACCGCAUGAUGCAGAGCUACGCGGCCUCGCUCUAA